AUGAAGCAUGGUGAGUUCAGACUGUGGGAUGCUGUGAAGCAGGGUGGGUUCAGACUGUUUGAUGCUGUGAAGCAGGGUGGGUUCAGAUUGUUGGAUACUAUGAAGCAGGGUUGGUUCAGAGUGUUGGAUGCUAUGAAGCAUGGUGAGUUCAGACUGUGGGAUGCUGUGAAGCAGGGUGGGUUCAGACUGUUUGAUGCUGUGAAGCAGGGUGGGUUCAGAUUGUUGGAUACUAUGAAGCAGGGUUGGUUCAGAGUGUGGGAUGCUCUGAAGCAGGAUGAGUUCAGACUGUUGGAUGCUGUGAAGCAGGGUGGGUUCAGACUGUUGGAUGCUAUGAAGCAGGGUGGGUUCAGACUGUUGGAUGCUAUGAAGCAGGGUUGGUUCAGACUGUGGGAUGCUCUGAAGCAGGGUUGGUUCAGAGUGUGGGAUGCUAUGAAGCAUGGUGAGUUCAGACUGUGGGAUACUAUGAGGCAGGGUGGGUUCAGACUGUUGGAUGCUAUGAAGCAGGGUGGGUUCAGACUGUUGGAUGCUAUGAAGCAGGGUGGGUUCAGAGUGUGGGAUGCUCUGAAGCAGGGUUGGUUCAGAGUUUUGGAUGCUAUGAAGCAUGGUGUGUUCAGACUGUGGGAUGCUGUGAAGCAGGGUGGGUUCAGACUGUGGGAUGCUAUGAAGCAGGGUGGGUUCAAACUGUGGGAUGCUAUGAAGCAUGGUGAGUUCAGACUGUGGGAUGCUGUGAAGCAGGGUGAGUUCAGACUGUGGGAUGCUGUGAAGCAGGGUGGGUUCAGACUGUUGGAUGCUAUGAAGCAGGGUUGGUUCAGAGUGUGGGAUACUAUGAAGCAGGAGGCUGUGUCGGUGAAUGCGACGCCAGAGGUCUACCCCGUCCUGUUCUUGUGUCUGGCUCCGUGUCAACAGAUAGUGUGA